UUCAAAACAGGAUCUGACGUUUUCAAAACGACACAUACGCACGAAAUACCGAAAGAUUGCAGUGUAAAGGGAUAUUGACAAUUGCAUACAAUACUCCUAUAUAAAGUGCUAUUCGUAUGCGCGUUCUUAUGUGCUUAAAAGGUAAUUAGCUGUGUAAUCAGCAGAAUAAUGAUUGUGAGGCUUACACUGGCGAUAGUUGCAGUUAUGUGGGGACUGGGUUGUACUCACAUAGGCACAGGAUCGCUCACCAAAGACGUGGACGACCCAUUUCUGCCUAACCAUAGACUGUAUUACCGACGUCAUCUCAAGAUACCUGCAUACUACUAUUACGAAGACAACACUACUAUAUCGGUCAAGGAGACGAACACAAUACCUGUUUCCUUCGGUACAGACAAAACAUGGUUAAGAAGAACAAUGGAUGAAAAAUGCUGCGAUGGCUCCUGCAAGAGCUUCUUUUGGCUUUGGAAAUUUAAAGGCUCAUUGACGGUGGAAAUGCUAUCAAAACCUCCAGCAGUGCGUUUGACAUUGUCCAUGUGCGGUCGAACCGUGCCAUCAUAUAUCGUGAGCAAUAACCAGAUCGUGGAAGUCGAGAAAUCACUUCUCUACGAUGACGUGGCCAAAAGUUUGAGGAGAAACAUGGAAAUACGAGUCAGUGGUCUGCAGCUAAAUUCUCAAAAGGUUUGCGUUCAGGUACAAGCUUUGUUUCUUCUUCAAGACGAGUGGAGCAAAUGGCCGCGUGACAAACCAAGAUGUUGGUGUUUUACUUAAAACAAACCUUAGUCAAAACUUGUUCGAGUUGUUGUUUACGAGGUUAGCUUUUUAAAGAGACACAUUUUUGUUUAAAUGUUUCUGGUAAUAAUUUGACACAGACAGAAUUUGGAAGAAAAGCAGAGAUCAUGAGAGGAAAUAAUUGUUUAUUAGUGCCAUUUGAUAUGCAUAUGUUGAGAAAUAAUACUAAUUACUUUUUUGUAUGAUGUUCUUUUGCGAUGUUUGGGAGUAUAUUAAUAAUCCAAAACUCUUCAUAAAAUAGGUCUUUUUUCAAUAACUAUCAUUGCUAAAGAAACAUAAAUACUCAAAACCAACGAAUAUUUUCGCAAAAUAUUUCGUAAAAUGAUUUCAACCCAUUUAAAGAUCAGUGCUCCUUAUAGAAAUAGCCACAAUUUCAACGCUAGAAGUGGUAUGGUAACAAAGAUUCAGCGAGAUACAAAAUGCUCGUUUUUUAUUUUUGUGGCACAAUAUACUCCAUUUCAAUUUUCUGCAACGAUAUUCAUUCAUACGAUACACGGACAAUAAAAUUGUACAUGACCAUGUGUUCCACGAACAACAAAAAAAGAAUUAUGUAUCUUGUUAAAUCUAUGUUACCAGACCACAUCUAGCGCUGAAAUUUUGGCUAUUGAUAUAAGGUACACUGAUGCUAUAUAUGUUAACUUUCUUUUCCGAAAUAUUGUAAAAAUAUUCAUUGAUUUUGUGUUGGCUUUAAAUAAUGUUGAUUUUCUACAAUCAACAGCAAAGUAUUCAAAGAUAAGGUGCUGAGUAUUAAUAAAAAGUAAAAACCCU